AUGGCCUUGCCUCUCCCAUUGGGCCUGGUGCCCUCAGAGGUGGCCUUCCUAUGCGAAAUGGAGCUCGUGACUGUCGUUCCCCGGCAGCGUCUCGACAGCAUUGAGCUUCUCUCUGGCUCGACUCCCAAGCUCCGCCCGCCAUACAGAGCCGAUCUGCCACUAUGGCUCGCACUCCUCCUCAAGAAGCAGCGCCGCGCCAACAUUGUCCCCCCGGCAUGGCUCCAUCCCGACUCCCUCCGCGAAAUUGUAAACUACGAGACGGCUGUCGACGUCAAGGACUGGGCGCCUCCUCCUCCGCCGCCAGUAAGAGCCGACAGCAGAGGAAACUCUAGACGAUUCAACGCCUCCGACAACGACAUCGUCCUGUCGCCGCCCUUCCUGCCGUCCUGCACCGCUACAGCGCCCGCAAGCGCCCUGCCGUACCACUGGUUCGAAUUCGCCGAGAUGCUCCUCGCCCACGCAAGCGACGAUGUCCCGUCUGCCUCGGAAGUGCGCUCCCUCCUGAGAGACCUGCAGGAGGCUCGAGCCGCCAAGAUGAGAGCCAAGAUUACACACCCUGAUAGUCACGGCGAGGGCGUCACCAGCCUCCGUGGCGUGGGGGCCAUGGAGCUGGCCGAGAGCAGAGGCUUUGUUGUUGGCGUGGCCGAAGGCAUACGAAAGAUUGGCGCAAGCGCUGAGACCACACGGCGCGAUGAGGAGGAGGAACAUGGCCAUGACAUGGACGACGAUCUCAGCGACGAUGACAUGGGACUUUAG